AAAACAACCUAUCUCUGCAUCCAAGCUUUAUAGGUUUGAAUUGACAAGAUAAAAAGAAUUACUCACGCUGUCACAUAUAAACAUUAGUUGCAUAAUCUAAUUAACUGUUCGAGGAUAUAGCGAGUAUGACUGAAAAUGUUGUUUACUAUUUGCAAGCGGACGUUAGAUAGACCUGAAUUUAUUAAAUGGGUCAUCAGCUGAUAGUGAUAGGCAUGGAAAAAUGGCUCCUGGUUUUAAGGGAGCUAUCUCAUCCCUUCGAAUUAUUUUCUUGUUAUGGUAUUUUCGAUUAACGGAAGGAUUGGCUUUGACGAGUGGUUGUAGACAUGAGAGAGUUAUCCUUACCAACAAGACGGGUACACUCACGGUGGGCAAUGGCAAUCAUGAUUACAAUAACUUCGCACGCUGUGAAUGGCUGAUCAAGGGAGGUGUUGGGAAAUCUAUCCAGUUAGAGUUUAUUCGAAUAGAAACAGAAUGUUCAUAUGAUUAUGUAUUUGUGUAUGAUGGGAACUCGUACAAUAGCACAAAGCUGGCCAGUGUUAGUGGUGAUACACUUCCAGAGCCACUGGUGGCCAGGUCAGGCUACAUGCUGGUUUUAAUGUUCAGUGAUAGGAACUACCAAAAGUGGGGUUUCCUUGCAAAUUAUUCUAUAACUGACUGCCCCUUUAACUGCCAUGGCCAGGGAGCUUGCAUUAAUAACUCAUGUGUCUGUGAUAUUGACUCUACUGGGGAGAGUUGUGAGCACAAACUUUGUCCCAGUAACUGCUCUGGAAAUGGGCUGUGUAUUCAGUCAGGAAGUCGUAGCCAGUGGGGAUGUAAGUGUUCUCCAGGGUACACUGGCUAUGCCUGUAACCUGGCUAUACAGGGAGAAGAGGAUAAGCUGAAGUGGGUAACCUUACUACCAAGUAGUACUGAAUUUAUAAACCGAUUUGAACAUGGUGCGGGGUUUAUAGAAGGUAGUGAAUGUGUAUAUGUGUUUGGAGGGAGUUCACACAAUUAUGUUUUGGAUGAACUAUUGAGGUUUUGUCUUUCAAAGAGCAGAUGGGAAGUGAUAAAUAAAACUGAGCUGUGGCCUGAUGCCAGGUAUGACCAUGGCAUGGUUGUGUACAAAGAGGGGAUUUUUUUAUUUGGGGGUGUUCUAUCUGAUGGGUUACACAGUGAUGAACUUUGGUUCUAUGAUACAAUUAGUUCCAAUUGGUCAUUGUUAGCCUCUAACAGUACCAUACAGCCUCCAGGUCUAUCAGGACAUAGCAUGACCUUAGUGGAAGACACCAUAUAUGUUAUAGGAGGAAAAAUGGAUACUGGGCAAUACUCAUCUCAUAUUUACAGUAUUAAUGCAUCAAGUCCUGAAUCCUGGAGUCUUGAGAAGCUCUCAGGAGGUCGGACUUCUAACCGUCUUCUUCACGGACAUUCCGCGGUGUAUCAUGCAGAGACGGCAUCCAUCAUUAUCUAUGGUGGCAUUGCUGCUAGGUCAGCCCGCUACACAACUUUGUCAAAGAAAAUCUUCACAUUUAAUGUCAUCAAUAAGUUUUGGACAGAAAUUGAGUACCGUGCGGAGACAGGGGCAUUACAUGUGCCUCUGCAGCGAGCUCACCAUACUGCUCUGAUACUGGGGAACUAUAUGGUUAUAUAUGGAGGAAAUGUUCACAUACACAAUGAUGAGGAAAAGUGUUAUGAUGAGGGAAUUUAUUUAUAUCACCUUGGAUGUCACCAAUUCGUCAACCAUUCUCUGGUCCAUCAAGGCUCAAGUUAUAAAUCAAUGCCUUCUAAGGGAAGGUUUGGUCAUACAGCUGUUGGUAUCCAUGGCAACAUUAUGCUUGUGGUGGGCGGUUAUAGUGGUUAUCCCCAUGGCGAUGUAUUGGCAUACAAGUUUCCUGGAGUUGUAGCUCCUCCCAGUUCUGAGGAGAGCUUUGACAAGGAUUACUGUAUGGUGGACUAUGCAGACACACCUUAUGCAUGUUAUUACGAUUUAGAGUGCAUGAUCUGUAAAAACAGAACCGACAUUAAAAAGCCAGGCUGUGUCCACAGAAAUAGACCAGAGAUGUGUUACAAUGGUGAAAUGGCCGCAACACCAUUUCAUUGCCAGCAUAUUUGUUCCCUCCUAAAAACCUGCCAGGCAUGUUUGUCUCAAGGUCAGGGUGUGAAGUUGACAUCUGCAUCUCCACGGAAGCGGUUCUAUCAAGUUGAAUGCUCAUGGUGUGCAAAAAAUUCAACAUGUCAGCGGAAAGCAGCGCCUGAAGGCUCGUGCAGGGCUGCAGAUGAGACAGCCUCUGGAAUCGUGGGAUGGUGGAAUGGGGUGAGUCCAAGCUGGACAGACAUUGACCAAUGCAGUUUAGCAGACAUUCCAAGUGGUAUCCAGAAGGCUACCUACUACCAUCCUAAAAACGAUUCACAACCAGACGAGGUGGAAUUUUUGGGUGAAAUAUCAGCUGUAAUGACAACAUAUCCCAACAGUAAUCUGCUGGACUCCACUCAGGAGCAGGUUUUCCUGUCUGUAAAUUUCCAUGGUUACAUCUGGCCUUUAGAAGUGACCCCUAGUUUAGAUAGUGAAUUGACACUAUAUAUAGAAUCACAUAAUGCAGAGGCAACCAUGUUACUCAGCAAUGAUAGUUCCAUCCAAAAUGCAGAGAAUGUAAGAAGCCAGAAAUCUUCUCUCCAAAUUCAAGUCCAGGUUACACUGAGGAGGAACAAUAAGCCGAUUUUUCCAAGUGUGGCCAGGGAUAGCAAAUAUUACUUCCAAUUGGAGUCCAGAAAGUUAUAUCAACCACAGAAGAAUGCAACUGUCGCAGUGAAGUGGAAUGCAGCAAUCAGCACAAAAACGAAAACAGAUCUUAGUCAGAUUUCUACAGAGUUCCUAGAAAUGUUUCACAGUGAUGUAUGUAGUAAUUACACCAACUGUCUGUCCUGUAUGACUGAUGCCAGCUGUGGAUGGUGUCCCAACACUGACCAAUGUGUCAGAAAGGGGGACAACUCUUCUUCAGCCUGGUGUGGCCCUGACCAGGACAUGCUUUUGAUUACCCAUCCUACUGAGUGCUCUAGAUGUCCUGAUUAUGUGGAUUGCCUGUCCUGUUCUAAGGAUGUUCUGUGUGAGUGGAAACAUGUUAAAGAGCAGUGUCAUCGCCGUGGACGUUUUGACUCUGGCACUGUGACGGAUCCCAACAAAUGUAGAAUGCCGUGUCAUCAAAAAACAAACUGUUCCACCUGCAUUGCUGAACUUAACGAGUGCUUUUGGUGUGAGACAACCAAGACCUGCUUCCCAUUCAACCACUACAGUUCUCAUUUUAUUCAUGGAAAAUGUCUGGAUUGGGUCGACUAUGAUGGCAAACAGAAACACUCCUGUAUGGAUUGCUCCACCAGAACAAAUUGUACUUCCUGUUUGGAGAGGUUUGGGUGUGGAUGGUGUGGAGAUGCUGACAACCCAAAGAUUGGAAAAUGUGUGGAUGGAGGGUUUGCAGGACCCUCUGAGGGACCUUGUGAUGUCAUAGUAAGGGAUCACUCUGAUACAACAAACCUGACCUUUAGCGGCUAUACUAACUGGACUUACCACCAGUGUUUGGAUGUUGACGAGUGUCGCCUGGGUCUCCAUAAAUGUCAUGACAAAGCAGAGUGCAUAAAUAAGCAGGGACCAGAAGAUUCCUACGAAUGUCAUUGUCGGAGAGGGUACAAAGGAAAUGGAACUUACUGUGAACCUACGUGUUACCAUGACUGUGUAAAUGGCGUUUGUUCAGGGGCCCCAGACUAUGAGUGUGAUUGUGACCUGGGAUGGACAGGAGAAGACUGCAGCAUCAACUGUGGCUGUAACUUCCACAGUACUUGUCACAAUGGUCUUCGACAGUGUGACAAGUGUCAGGACUUCACUGAUGGAGAGUUCUGUGAAAAGUGCCAGUUUGGUUACUAUGGUAACCCAGCUGAAGGUUGCCACAAAUGUAGCUGUAAUCAGCAUGGAGAUGUCACUAAGGGAAUUUGUAACAAUGUAACGGGAGAAUGUUACUGUACUGGGAAUACAGAGGGACUGGUGUGUCAGCACUGCUCACCAGGCCACUAUGGCUCACCUGAAGAUGGGGGAAAAUGCUACAGAGCUUGUAAAGGUAGAAUUGUAAUAGAACAAGCUGAGGGUUCCCUAGGAUUGCAGUUACCAGCAACUUCUACAAAAAGCAAGAACCUUCAUUGUCUGUGGAUCAUCAAUGCACCAGAUAAGGCCAGCUCCAGGACAACUUUUUCACUGAUGGUGGAUGGAAUUGCCACACUUUGUAGAAAGAAUCAUUUGAUGGUGUUUGAUGGAGUCCCAGACUUUAUCUCUGGUAGCAAUGCAAGCAACACACAGAGUCGACUCCUUGGCACUUUUUGUGGCUUUGAACAAAAGAAUGAACUCUUUCAAACAGUUACUGGAACAAUCACUGUCUACUAUGAAAUGGAUUUGGAUGAUGAUUUAGAGGACCAAAGAGGGUUUAACCUGAGUUAUGCUGUCAAUCGUUGUCAGUCCUGUGGACCCGAGGAAAUCUGUAUUGGUACCACAUGCAAGCAAGACCCAAAUCACUCUAAUGCCAAACAGCAUUACAAUGUCUGUCCGGAGAGGUGCAACACUAAAUCUCAUGGAACAUGUGUUUGUUUAUCUGAUCUGGAUUUGAUGAUUUUCCCCUGGAACUUUUUACAACCAAUCAGCAAGAAGAAGACAGGAAGUGCACCUGGUCGCUAUGGUCACAGUGUCACUUCCUGUGGGGAAAACGCUAAUUCCUUUUAUAUGUUUGGAGGGUACUCUCAGGAAGAUGGGGCUUUAAGUGACAUCUGGAUGUAUAGUCCUUCCACUUACACAUGGACUGAAGUAGUGCCAAUCACCACCAACCAUCCAGAUGGGAGAUUCUUUCAUCAAGCGGUCUGCAGUCCGGCAUCCAAGGAGAUUUAUGUAUAUGGAGGGGUUGUGAGGAACAAAGAUGGAGCUUAUAAAGCAACCAAAGAAUUUUGGAAAUUUUCCAUUGGGCCCAGAAUGUGGACCAAUCUUAGUGAAAAUAUACCUGAGGAUUUCAGUCCUCUGGCAGGACAUUCCAUGACCUUGGUGAAGGAGCGAUUUCUGGUGGUUAUCGGGGGUAUCUCCUCACAGGAUUAUUUCUCCAGUGAUGUCUAUAUCUAUAACACCAUGUACGAAGACAACAAACCAGCAUGGAGCAAACACAGUCUUGGCAGUCUCCCACGGGGUUUGUAUGGUCACAGUGCAGUGUAUGAUCCAGACAAAGGCAUUAUCUACGUUCAUGGAGGAAUGGCAUUUAAACACUCCAAGUUUGAUGUUUCGAGGGACACUUAUGUGUAUAAUAUGGAGAAAAAUAUGGCUUAUUUUAUACAUACCAGGAGUAAUGAACAGUCUAUGCCGCGAGUGUUCCAUACUGCUGUGCGUGCCCUGGAUGGAAUGUUGGUGAUAGGGGGAAUGGGAACCAGAGGGCAAAUAACAAAUUACAUAUCGCUCUUCAGAUUCAAAUGCAGCGUGUGGCAAAAGUACCAAUCAGAUUCAGAUAAGUCAUCGUACAGAGAAAUGGCCAACUCACUAAUAGGAACUAGCUCUAUCCGCCUGAAGAAGCGAGUUUAUGUGGUGGGGGGGUACAAUGGCACCACCUUUAGCCAGGUGGUGGAGAUUGAGCCUAAGGAGACUUUCUGUCAGACUGCCCUACAAGAGAAUGACUGUAAGGCCAUCCAAGGCUGUGACUUCUGUGUCAGUGAAAACAUUGGAAUCUGUAUGGAAUCUUCCUCUGACAGCCGUUGUUCCAGGGGAGAGGUUUGUGAUGAAGCCUGGUAUAACAAGACGGACUGCAGUGUGUACAGUUCCUGUCAGACCUGCCUCACAGGAAGUCCAUUCUUCAACAUGCAGCCAUGUAAAUGGUGUAUGGACUGUGCCUCCUGUAUUAAGGCGGGAGAACAAUGUAAUAAUCACAAAAAUUGUGAAGAGAAGUCUGCCAUUACAUCUCCAGCUCACUGCCUUCAGGAGAAAUGUGACGUCGGUCAGUGUAAGGACUGCCUGCAUGACCAGGGUUGUAUCUGGGCCAACUGUAUACUUCAAGGAGAGAACAACAUUCAGAUUGUUGACACCAGUUUUAGUUCAACCUGGAGAUGUACAAAGGAUGUGCUGGGGGGUGUCUGUACAAAUCACAGUGUGUGCCCUAGGAGGUGUGAUGAGCACUCAGACUGUGUGUCAUGUCAGAAAGCGACGGGGAUGGGGGCGGGUUCCAGAGGAUGUGUGUGGAGCUCCGUAAAACAGCAGUGUUUUGAUGAGGCCCUGCUUCCACUGCACUGUGUUGGGGGGGAGUGUGGAAUCAUCCUACAGAAAGAGCCACAUAAAUGUCCAGACCCCUGCUCACGUUUCCAGAUCUGUGCCGAGUGCAUCCAGGCUCCUUGGUGUGGCUGGUGUGCAUUUGCCGGUUACGUUGGAGAAGGGAUAUGUAUGAGGGGAGGUACCCUCAACCCUACAGGGAAGGGGUCAUGCUUGGAAAACAACAUAAAACACAGUGAAGGAUAUAUACCUAUCAAAAUGUGGACUAAGAAGUCUAAAGGUGUCCCGACCUGGGCCUACAGUUCCUGUCCCCCUGAGAAUGAGUGUAUUAACACUCAUCAUGAUUGUGAUAAUGAGAGUGAGAAUUGUCAUGACACAGAGACCAGCUAUAACUGUACCUGUAAAAAAGACUACCUAAAGGACCCAGUCAGUGGUAAAUGUAAGCCCCAUUGUCAUGAGAAAUGUAUGAAUGGGACAUGUGUCCGGCCAGAAGUCUGUCAGUGUAACUUUGGUUAUGUUGGGAAAACAUGCCAGACAGAAUGUCAAUGUUUUGGGAACAGUGAUUGUCUAAAUGAGCUCUCCCUGAAGAUUUGCCACAACUGUUUGAAUCAUACCAAGGGUAAGCAGUGUCAGUACUGCGUGAGUCGUUAUGUGGGAGAUCCGACCAAGAGGAAGCCAUGUGUGUCCUGUUUUGUCCACUGUCAUAACCACACCUCUUCUUGUGUCUCCAUGGCAAAUUACAGUAACCACUCAUUCAUGGCUAAAUUCUGGAAUAACAACUCCAUAUUAGAUGAUCCACACUUGUCAGGACCAAAACCAUCAGAUGCCAUUUGUUUAGGCUGUCAGAACAACACAAUGGGGGAGAGGUGUGAUCGAUGCCAGGAGGGGUACUUCAGGGUGAAAAAAGAACACAAGACCCUAACAGACAUCUGUAUCAAGUGUCAAUGUAAUGGACACAGUGAUACAUGUAAGAAUGAAACUGGAGAAGGGUGUCAGUGUCUGAACAACACAGAGACCCCAGCUUGUAAAUCUAACACUGACCCUCAGGCAGAAAAGUGCUGGCAAAAACAGUGUUCCAAAUGUAAAGAGUACUUUAUUGGUGAACCGACAAAGGGACAUCACUGCUACAGGCAAAUGACAGUAGACAAAGAAUACUGCUUUGACCCCAGCACCCAGACCAACUGUAACCAAAACCCAGGGUCUCUCCUCAAAGGGAGGACCGUGUUUUUUGCUGUACAACCUCGGUACCUCAAUGUUGACAUCAGGAUCACUAUAGACGUCACACAUGGAGCUGCUGACGUGUAUUUUUCAUCGAGUGAGAAAACAUUCACUGUAAAUGUACAACAAGGCACUGGAGUACACAUGGUGGAACUAGACUCUGACUUUUCCACUCCUCCGGACUCUCUACAUACAGGAUUCCGUUCACGAAGGAGCAUUUUCAAUUCCACCUCUAACACGUCCCACCCUCACAUAACCCUGCAGGCUACAAACUUCCACACAUAUCACACCGUGCAGGAGACAGGAGCCAUUAUCAAGUUUGAGAAUGUCCGAUCACGUCUGGUAGUCACAUUGCCGCUUGACCAGCAUGACCUCAGAACGUCCAAGUUUUACCUGAUCAUUUAUGGCCAGGGUGACGGUAGAGGGCGAGGAACAUUUGGAAACCUGUACUUCAGACAAGAUCAGCCACACAUCGAUUUGUUUGUGUUCUUCUCUGUAUUCUUUAGCUGUUUCUUCUUAUUUCUUGCCACCUGUGUUUUAUUGUGGAAAUUCAAACAGGCUAUAGACACCCAAAGAAGUCACCAACGACUACAGAAAGAGAUGCUGCAUAUGGCCUCUAGGCCUUUUGCUAAAGUACUAGUACUUAUUGAACCAGAAUCCUACAUUUAUUCCUCUACUCCUGUUCCCAGAAGGAGAACCAAGUAUACCAAAGUCACUUCAAGAAAUCCACACCACCUCCCCACCCUAACCCCAGUGGAGAGUACUCUACCCCCGUUGACAAUGCACAAACCAAUGUUUAUGAAAGAACCAUUGAGCCCUUUUGAUGUUGUUCCCAUAGCUACAGAGCCAACAGCAGACAAUAUGGCCGCCUUGAGAACUGUGGUCAUUCAGUUACCGGGGGACCAAUCAGUGCCCUCCAAACUCUGUCUAGGGACAGGACUCACAUACCAAAAUAGCCGCACAUAUAAUUAUAGCCACCAAAAGUCAACAGUGAGGCAGAGGACUGCCCAUCAAAACUGCUGACAGGUUAAAUAAGACAUUGAUAUAUUUUAUGUAUUGUCUAUUUCACAUUAAUUAAGGUUAGUUAAUUUUCUGAUAUGAAUCUGCUUCUGUCAGUGGCUGCAAAUAUUCUUUUUCCAAAUAUUUAUUUUGAUCACAUUGACUUUCGUUGGUGGUGUAUAAUACUGAUUAAGUGUUGUAAAACAGAAAAGUUGUAUAUUGAGGGUAUAACAGUAUCACAACUGUGGUAAAUUGCAAAUCAACUAUGUUCUGCUCUGAUCUACAAUGCCAUAUUUGGCAGGCUGCAUAAUAUUCAUUGAUUAUUUUAUCUGCUUUAAUGAGUAUAGAUUCAUAGUAUUCAGUCUUCUGACAAGAAAUUUAGUUCUAAACUAACACAUACUCCAAUUUUUACCAUUUGGUCUUUUAGGUUGUUUUAUUUUGGAAUAUCAGUGAAUUCAUUUUUGAAGUUAAAGCUGGUAGUGUCCAAGGAAAAAAACCUAUUCAGUGUCAUUUAGAUUUGGCUGUUAGGAGAUAAAAACAUACAAGACGAACAAUUAAAUGUUGGCACACCACCCCUUUCUUUCCUCCUUCACAAGUCCUGAUAUAAAUGUAAUUUUUACCCAGUUUGUUAUUAAAAAGAAUGUCAGAUGAGAUGUUCAAUGUGACUGUGAUUACUAUUUGAACAAAUGUUUGUGUUCACGUGAGAAAUGUGUUCUAAAGGUGCUUUAUGAAUGUUGUCUGUUCCAGCAAGUGUACAGUAAAACUUGUGAUUGCAUUGAGAAAUAUAUGUUGGAUUUGACUGCUGUGAAGUUAAUGACUGUGUUUAAUGACAUUGAUGACUUAAUCAUGGGUAUCAGUUUGUAGAUUGAUGUUUUAUAUAUGUGACUUCUUUAAGUUUGUCUAUGUUACUUUAUGUUGAUAUAUAUCAUUGAUGUUUGUAAUAUUUUAAAUAUUUUCUUCUGAGAGUGCAAGUGCCAUAUUUAUCUCUCAUUUAUAUAAAGUCAAGGUAUCUUCAUCAAAUCUUCAAGCACUGGCAUCAUAAAAUCCCUUGUGUUUAGCUAUAUUGGUGGACAUUCCGUAGUGGUUUCAGAUUUGUGUAGAUGUCAAAAUAACCAUGUAUACCUCUUUUUUCCAACAUAAAUGCUCAUCUAGUCGUAGGAAUGAUGUACAUUGUACACCAUUAUAUAUGUUUCUUUGGCAUUUCUAGCUUGAUAAUUAGUUUUAAUCUUGAAGUCAUUGCAUUAUGAAUAUUAAGUUUAUCACCCAGUGAUUUGUUUUGUUCUUAGUGCAUAAGCAUUAUUCACUUUGUUUUCUACCAAUUUUUUUUUAUUUUCAUUGAUACAAAAUAUCUGGGCAUUUUUAUGCUUGGUGUUAAAGUAGUAUAACUAUUGAACAGUCAUUGAAUUCCAACUGCUGCCGAGCUUAUAAAAUGUUGCUGGCAAGAUUUCUAUAAAAUUAUAGCAAUGUGGGGUUAUUUUGAGAUUUUCAUUGUCUGCUUUAAAAAGAAAACUGUGAUAUUAAUUACUGUAGAAUCAUUAUUGUUUGUGGGUGACCAAUAUUUGUGGGUCACCCUUACCCCACUAAAAAUAAUUGGCAUUAUAUUAUUUCAUUGAUCUUAUGUAUACAAGUUAUUCAAGGAAUUAUGUCAGUAUAAACCAGUAAAACUGAUUGCCCGUGUUCUUGACCCCCCAUGAAUUAAAGUGAAUCCGUAGUAUGAUUUUAAUAGGGCUGAAUGAAUAAAGUUUGGAUUUUUUAUUAUUCAUUUACACUGUUAAACAAUCAUAAAUAUUAAGAGUAUUGACAGCAAACAAUCAUUUUUUUUUUUUCUGGAAGUUAUGACUGAAAUGAAACCCAUAUCAAAACAAAAAAAAACAACAUGACAUUAAAUUUGUUAAAACUCUGUCACUAUAAAUUUGCUCAUAGUGCAAACUGCACUGUCAAGUGGAUGCUUAAUCCAUUUAUUUUUGAUUUGCUUCUGAUCUCUGUUACAUGUUACUCUAGUCAAUAUGCUUUAAUCUUAAUUAUCAUCAAUUACUUUUGCUAAUCCAUUUAUGUAAACAAAAAUUGUUGUUUCUCAAAAUAAUUGUCAAUUUGUAGAUUGUAAAUUAUCGAUUGUAAAUCGAGUUUUUGUUUAAGACAGGCAUUCUUGCAUGUGUGUGUUUAUGCAAAGUUAUGUUAUAUUUAUUUGGCUGAAGAUAUUUCACUGCUUUUUUCAAUCAAAAUAAUAAAUUACUUCUUUUAUCACCUUUACUUGAUAGCGAGUGUGUUUUUGUACCCCUCUCCUCCUCUCUUCAGUAUCAUGAACCAAUUAAUUAUUGUUUUGCUUGAAUCAUAUACAGUGUUAGUUGUAAAGUUGUACCAAGUUUUGUAUAAAAUUUAUAGAUAUGUGAUGAGAAUUAUAGAUUUAGAAGGAAAUGGAAUUAAUACACUAUGUAUUAGAAUGAUAUAAAUAUAUUACAGUUUUGUAACUCCAUGACAAAGGAAGAUGAAGGAAUCCUAACAAUACUGUCAAGAGAUAUUUUUAUUUUAGACAUGAAGAAUUGAUUAAAACAAGUAAGAGCUAAAUUUGGUAGGAUUGUUUUGAUUUAGUAUUAAGGUAUCCAAUAUAUAUAUAUAUUUUUUAAUGUAUGAUUAUAGUCAAUGAAACUCCAAGGGCAUGAAUGAAUUUAUGGACAGUUAUAAUUAUGACCGAUUUAUUUUCAAGGUGUGUACUCUUGCAAUAAUCAUCAUUGUAUGAUAUUCUAAUUAAGGCAAUUAAUUGCUCAAUAGUGGCUGGGAAACUAACUAUGAUUGAAAUAAAAAUUGCUUUUUAUUAUGUUCUGUUGACCUUUGUUGAAACUGGUCUCUUGUAUUCUUUUUAAAAGCCUUUAUAGUUUUAACCCUUUGCAAUGUCUUACUCCUUGAUCAAUCAGAAAUAUAUAUAUAUAAAAUGCAGUGAUCCCUUGGCAAAUACUUUUGUAUUAUAUAAAAGUUUACAACAUUAUUAUGAGGAAUCCUUUAUAUAGAAAGCUUUAAAUAACUAUGAUUUAUUUUAACAGUUUUCAGUUGUAUAGCAAUGUGUACUUAAAAGCAACACUUUUAAAUUAUUCAUAUAGGUAACAUUUUUUUAUGUAUCAGUCUGAUAUUCAGAAAAGACAUGAGGGAUGUCUUUAUAAAGGGUUGAGAGUUUGUGCCUUUCCUGAAGGCAAAGAAAAUGGAAUGAAUUCAGAUAUAUUUGUAUAUAUUAACUUUUGUUGCCCGAUAGAUAUUGUAUUGUAUAUGUUUAACUAGAUGAUUGCUAUAUCCAGUAAUUGUUAGCAGAGUGGCUAUGUAUUUGUUUUUUGUUAUUCGCAAGACUGUGUAUUAGAGUUGAGCACUUGACAAUGCAAUAAAAUGUACUACUUAUCAUG